UAUAUGGGUCCAGUGUUUACUGUUAGCUAGUUAGAGCUCUUUGUUUUUGUCAUCACUUCAAAGUCAAAAUGUCGCGGCUGUGUAACAGCUUACGUUGUUUGCCAUAACUUAUCCGAGGGGCAGAUAUUAUAACAGAUACUGAUAAACGGUUUCAGGAUACAGAUUUAUUUGCCUCCAUACUUUUUUUUUUUUUCAAUAUUUGUUUUGUCCACUUGUAACUGGAGAGGAAGCUUCAUCUGGAAACGUCGGCGUGAGGUCAUCCUAAAGUUUCGAGAAGGUCUAAGUUGAAGGUGGCAGCCAUGGUGUUGAUUCUGGGCAGAAGGAUGAACAGAGAGGACUCUGGGAUCAGAGACUCACCAGCUGUCAAACGCAAGGUUUUUGAGGUAGACUCCAAAACUUUAGCCAGCCAGGAAGUCUUGGACUUCUGUUCUGGCUCAUCCCACUCAGAGGGCAUCCUGCAGGUAUUCAAUGAGUUUCGCGACUGCCGCCUGUUUACUGAUGUUGUCAUCAGCGUGCAGGGCCGCGAGUUCCCCUGCCAUCGCGCUGUGCUUUCUGCCUGCUCCUCCUACUUCAGAGCCAUGUUCUGCAACGAUCACCGCGAGAGCCGCGAGAUGCUGGUCGAGAUCAACGGCAUCCUGGCUGAGGCGAUGGACUCCUUCCUCACCUAUGUUUACACCGGCCGUGCCAAAAUUACCACAGAGAAUGUCCAGUUCCUCUUUGAGACCUCCAGCCUCUUCCAAAUCUACACACUGCGUGAUGCCUGUGCCAAGUUCCUGGAGGACCAGCUGGACCCUUGCAACUGCCUGGGCAUCCAGCGCUUCGCAGAUGCCCAUAGCCUGAAGCAGUUAGCCAGCCGCUGCCGCAGUUACGCCCUGGCCAACUUCUCAGAAGUGGCUCAGCAUGAGGAGUUCCUCGACCUACGCAUAGAAGAGCUGGAGGAGUACACUGGCAGCGAUGAGCUGUCUGUUGGUAAGGAGGAGGUGGUGUUUGAGGCAGUGAUGAGAUGGGUGUACCACAGUGUGGAGCACAGAAGGCCCAUACUGAAGGACCUGCUGCACCAUGUGCGCCUGCCCCUUCUGCACCCUAACUACUUUGUCCAGACAGUGGAGGGAGACCAGCUCAUCCAGAAUGCUCCAGAGUGCUAUCAGCUCCUCCACGAGGCCAGACGCUACCACGUACUUGGAAAUGAAAUGAUGUCACCCAGAACUCGUCCUCGCAGGUCGACUGGCUACUCUGAGGUGAUUGUGGUGGUGGGGGGAUGUGAGAGAGUGGGGGGCUUCAACCUGCCCUACACUGAAUGCUAUGAUCCAGUCACAGGCGAGUGGAAAUCACUGGCCAAACUACCUGAGUUCACCAAGUCAGAGUAUGCUGUCUGCGCCCUCCGCAACGACAUUCUGGUGUCAGGUGGCCGUAUAAACAGCAGGGACGUGUGGAUGUAUAACUCCCAGCUCAACCUGUGGAUCAGAGUGGCAUCUCUCAACAAGGGCCGCUGGAGACACAAGAUGGGCGUCCUACUGGGCAAGGUCUAUGCUGUAGGUGGCUAUGAUGGGCAGAGCCGCCUGAGCAGUGUUGAGUGUUAUGACUCCUUCUCCAACCGCUGGACAGAGGUGGCUCCGAUGAAAGAGGCUGUCAGCUCUCCAGCUGUGGCCAGCUGUGCUGGCAAGCUCUUUGUCAUUGGAGGAGGACCUGAUGACGACACUUGUUCCGAUAAGGUUCAGUGCUAUGAUCCUGAGACAGAUUCUUGGUUGCUGCGGGCAAACAUCCCCAUCGCCAAGCGCUGCAUCACGGCAGUGUCCCUCAACAACCUGAUCUAUGUGUGCGGUGGUCUCACCAAGUCCAUAUUCUGCUACGACCCCGCAGAGGACUACUGGAUACAUGUGGUUCACACCUUUAACAAACAGGAGAGCUGCGGCAUGUCAGUGUGCAACGGGAAGAUCUUCAUCCUCGGCGGCAGAGGGGAGAAUGGCGAAGCGACAGACACCAUCCUGUGUUACGACCCAGCAACAGGCAUCAUCACAGGUGUGGCGGCCAUGCCACGGCCGAUCUCCUACCACGGCUGCGUCACCAUCCACCGCUACAAUGACAAGUACCACAGGCCCUGACCCUAAACAAGCACACAGACACACACACUAAAGAACUUAAACUCUUUGAACUUAAGUUUUUCAAGUUCACCUGAUGCACAGCACAAAACACAAUCACACACUUCUUUAUCCACAGUGCCUUUUGAGCUAAUUUAUUUUCUCACAGCAUCAUGUAGCAGAACUCAUUGUGGUGCUGUGAACCUUUUGCUGUUGUGUACUAUAGUUAAAACCCCUUCUGUGGAAACGCUCAGUGGUUUAUGAUGCUGAUGACUUGUCUGUAACCUGAGCUAAAGUGGAGUCAGAUCGACAUGGCAGAUGUGCCUCAUAUUACUAACUGCACAAGGUUGGGAAGAAUUAAAGGAAACUGAUUAUGAUAGAGGAUUACUUGGAUUGUAAAAGUAGAUUCAUUCUUAACCUUAAGAUAACGAAUCAGUGGUGACUUAUUCUAAAAUCAAAGUUCAAUUUCUUAUAUUUUCACAUAGCUUUCAACCAUAUCCUAUCAUGUGACCUAUACACAAUACUUACCUUUAAAAGAGACUGUUAGGCAACCAACAAUAAAAUAGAACCAGUAAAACAGGCUGUGUGUGCACCAACUUCAACGAACACAAGAUCCUUUGAAAUGAAACACAAGAUUUCAUUUCAAAGGAUAUGAUGCCAUUUCAAAUAGCUGAGAAGCCUGGCUUUUUAAGAUCGUUAGUGGGUUUUUCACAAAAAAAAAGUGAUUCCAGUUUGCUUUAGUGCCAAUUUAAGAGUUUAAAGCACAUUUUGAUGAUCACCAGGAUGUCGUGAAUCACAGUUAUUUUGGCCAGGGUAAUCGUGACAUGAAAUUUUCACAUCGUCCCCUGCCUGGACGUGAUGACACCUGAGCAAGUUUAAGUUUACUGAUUAAAGAAAACUCAAUUAAAAGCUAAAUAAAUACAGGUAAAUUUGGAUUAAUUAACAUAUUUUUCAAAGAAAUUUUACCACUUAAGUUUCUAAAUAACAAAGUAAACUGUCUGCCUACCUAACUGCAUGUUAAAGGGCUAAAACUCCAAACACUAACAUUGAGUUUCCAGAAUUGACUUUAUUACAGUACUGAUUACAAGCAGGUAAUCAGUUGGACAGUCUGCCUCCCAACACUGUGCUUUUAUUACUGUGCAAAGUCACCUCACCCUCAGAUCUAGGUUGCUGAUGAGCUGAAAUAAACUCAGAUAGUGCUGAUGAACAAAAACAACGCCUUGAGGCAAAAAUUGAAAAACAGCCUUAUAAAAAUGGCCAAAAUGAUCUGCCCACAGAGGAAUAUGAAUUUAUUUCUGAUUACAUACAGUAGCACAGCAGCACAAUGCAGGUAAAGAAUAUUAAAAGUACUGUCCUUUGCUUUUUAUCUCGUUUCCUUGAUACUAAAAAUGACCUGAUGAAAAUGUGGUGAACAGUCAGCCAGCUGCUCUCCUGCAGUAUCAGUGGUCAUAAGUACAAGUCAGUGUCACCCGUUGACCCAGAGCAGAGUUAGGAGAAGAGAUAAACAGCAGAGGCUGUACCAACACAUUGGAACAUAGCCACUGUUAGCUUUGCCCUCUUUAUUUCCUCUUUUUUCUCAAUCCCUCCACUUAUCACCCAGUUCCACUUCCCCUGUGCGUUUCCCCUUUCCAUCCUCCAGCUGUGUCAUCACCUCACAUUUUGAUAUCUCCUGUUAAGCUUUAUUUUUGCUCCAUUUUGAUAAUUAUUAAACUCAUUACUGACGUUUUAUUUUUUAUUUUUUUUAAGUUAUACUUGUUUGUCUUUUUUUAUAAUUGGAUGUUUACUGUAUUAUAAGUAGCUUUAGUGUGUCUGUUUCAUAUCGAUGUUAGUUCAUUGGUGUACUGGGCUUGUGGGUGGUUUUGUAGAUGUGAGAAGCCUUUGUAGAUCAAACUCGAAGACUGCUCUGAAUAAGUGGUGUGCAUGUUUGGUGUGUAUGUACAGUUUGUGACUUUUACGACUCGGUGUGGAUGCGUCGGGAGCCAAGGAGGUUUAUCGGAGUACUAUAGUGUAAGCAUCGCACGACUGCUAGCUUGUGUUCACAGAGGGUUUCACACUGAUGAUGGCACCUCUCACCUGUGCACUUACAUGUAAAGAUGUAACUCGGGGUAACCAUAGAUACCUCCAGGUGUGUAUGUGUGUAUGUGUGUUUACUGGUCUGCUAUGGUAGUGUGUGUAGCAGUGCUACACCUCUCAUGGGGGGGUUAAAGGGACAGUUCACAUCAAAAUUAAAAAUACAUAUUCUUCCUCUUACCUGUAGUACUGUUUAUCAGUCUAGAUUGUUUUAGUGUGAGUUGCUGAGUGUUGGAGAUAUCGGCCGCAGAGAUGUCUGCCUUCUCUUGAAUAUAAUGGAACUAGAUGGCACUCGGCUUGUGGUGCUCAAAGCGCCAAAAUGUCUCUUUCCAGAAACUAUGACCCAGUUACUCAAGAUAACCCACAGACCUUGCUGUGAGCAGUUUCAUGUAGAUUCAUCAGUUAAGACUUAGGGUGUUAAAAUCCCUGGAGUUUCAGCACGGUUUGUGCCAGAGCAUAGGUAUUUCUGCCAUGACAACCCGACACAUCAUCAGUUGUGCACCUCCACAUCAUCAUUUCGGCCUUUAGCACAAGACACCCUCCAUUGAGGCAGGCCCACCACAGGCAGAUCAGGCCUGGGUAUGUGUCAGAAAGUUUGCUCCUCCGUGGUCACCUAGGGGCCCAGACGAGAUCCUUUCUCCUCAGCCAUAGCCAGUGACUGGACCUCUCAGCUGUAUGGGCCAGAUCCUUGACCACUUUCCUCUGGACCUGCCCAUUAAUCCAGAUUUCCUUGAGGAGCCUAGCGGUGGAUCUAGCGUCGAAGCCUAUGCAGCCCACCUCAAUCGAUUGCACCACAGCUUUCCAGCCUCUAGUGGCCGCUUCAGUUACAAGGCUUUCUACGCCAUCUAGUUCCAUUACAUUUAAGCGAAGGCAGACAUCUCUGCGGCCGAUAUCUCAAACACUCAACAACUCACACCAAAACAAUCUAGAUUGAUAAAUAGCACUACAGGUAAGAGGAAAAAUAUGUAUUUUUGAUUUGGGGGUGAACUGUCACUUUAAGAGUUCUGAUCGACAAGAUUUUGAAUGAUGUGGCUCAUGGUCAGUAAAAGUCACCUUUUACUACGGUAGGCGUUGAUAGACUAGAGAUAUUGCUGUGAAUAUAACUUGUUUAACGUGUAUUUAAAUGUAUCUUUUUUUGGUUGCAUAUUGUGUUUUUCUCUAACUGAGAGCCCCAAUUGUGCACUUUGACAGAAUCCUGUUAAAUGUAGAAUUAUAUGACAAUGAUUUCCUUUUUUUUUCUUUACUGUAUCAGUAAAUGUUCUUUGCUUUCAUGUGACGUAUGGAAGAGACAGUAAAUGAGCCUGUAAUCUCCUCCUGUUGGCCGCUACCUGCUAUGGCUCUGAUUUUCUUUUGAAAACAACAAAAACUGCUACAAGAGAACAGUGACGAGUGAGUAAGAGAGUUUCAGCUCCCUAUUUUAGGUUGACAAGUUAGGGAUCAGUGAGAUUGUGUGUUUGUCACCGUCUAACAAUGUGUGCCUUUAUAAUACACAGCAUAAGAAGAGCACAGAUUGAGCUUCUGUCUGUCAGUCACAAUGCCAAAAACAGGUGGGGGUAUUUCGGCUUAAACCAUCCUCCAGGUGUUUUCUUAGAAGGAUUAGUCCAGUGUCAGGUCUCAAACAGAAGUACAGGCUGAAAAGGAAAACAUCCUCAGGCCCACCAACACUCCGUAACAUAAGUAACAUACUUAGGGUAACUCAGGAGGCCAACGAGAGGAGGCUCAGGGGCAAGAAUGUUGGAAAGCACACAAGUUAGAGGGCGUUAGAUAAAUAGUGCGAGAGAGAGAAUUUGAGUGUGUGUGUGCGUCUGUGAUUUCACUGAGUAUUUACUCAAAACAUUGUCUUGUUAUGUUGAUUUAUUAAUUUUCAUUAUCAGCUAUGUAGAGGCCUUCAUACAUGGUUUGCUUUGAUAAGAUUAUUCAUUGUGUUUGUUGGAUGAUUUCAUUUUCUUCUGAGUGUUGUGGUGAGUUGUGGGACCGUUUGUUGCCGAGAUAUUGUGAUUCCCACAUGCAAAUGGCAUGCGUGAGAGCUGAACGUUAACAGUUGAUUGGUGGAUUUUGAUAUGAAUGCAGAUUUAAACCAAAACGGAUGAGAUUCAAUCCCAAAAGACCUUGAUUUAAAAUGCCAAUGGGUAAAUUGCGCUUGCAUGCAAGCUGGGGGCUUUAAGGUGUUAACUGCAGAAUGCUGCCCUUUGUGCCUUUUAAUAAAAGAAUGAUGAGUGGGAAUUAAAGUGUAUGAUUUUGAUAUAAACUUUUCUUAUUGUAUGUAUGAUGUGAUAUUUUUAACACCACUUUCUCCUCAGAUGCUUUGUGUCUAAUGGCGAGAAAGCUUUGGAUUUUUGUAAACUGCAGUAUGUUGAAAUGUAACGGUUGACUUGUGUAAGAGAAACAUCAAUAAAGUUUUUCUUUCCUUACCAGC